GAGCAGCCAGAUGAGUAUCCUCUGCCCAUGCCCCACCUCGCCGCCGGCGCCGCCGCCGAUGGAAGAUGACGACCUACUCUCCGAAAUCCUCCUCCGCCUGCCCCCGCAGCCGUCCUCCCUCCCUCGCGCCUCCGCCGCCUGCAAGCGCUGGCGUUGUCUCGUCUCCGACCCCGCCUUCACCCGCCGCUUCCGCCGCCACCACCACAGUCGCAACCCCCCUCCCCUCCUCGGCUUCUUCUCCCAAGAUGCUGCCGGCAUCACCUUCAACCCUACCAUGGACCCCCCCGAUCGCGUCUCGCCAGGCCGCUUCACCGUGCUGCCGGAGGCGCGCGUCCACUCCAAGAUCCUCGGAUGCCGCCACGGCCUCCUACUAAUGUUCCACCAGAAGCUGAAACGGGUCCUGGUGUGGGACCCGGUCACCGGCGACCAGCGCAGCCGCGCCGUUCCCCAUCCCCUGGUGUUCGGCACCGACAAAACCCCGAGGGGGGCGGUGCUGCGCGCUGCUGGAGACGCCCACCACUUCCGGGUGGUAUUGGCAAGCUGUGACAGGCAUGAACAACAUACACGAGCCUUCGCCUGCAUUUACUCGUCAGAGACCGGCGUAUGGAGUGAUCUUAUCUCAACACUGGUCCCAUCCGAGGAUUAUAUGACAUUGUCGACCAUGCCCCCUGUGCUGAUCGGGGAUUCCCUUUACUGGAUAAUUACUGGGAAUUGGCGUGCAGUUCUCAAGUUUGAUCUGAAUAUGCUGAGCCUAGCUGUGAUACAUCUGCCACUGGAUAAGUUUGCAUGCUGCAAACCUUGGAACAUCACGGUUGUGCCGGCAGAGGGUGGCGGGCCUGGCUUACUCCUCGUGUCAGAUUUGACCGCCCAAUUAUGGAACAGGAAUACUGAUUGUGAUGGUGUCGCUUCAUGGGUGUUGACGAGAACUGUUGAACUGGACAAGCUACUUUCCCUGGAUUCGGAGGAGAGACGGUUCCUAAUGAUUAUAGGGUUUGCAGAGUACAAGAAUGCCAUCUUCCUGCAGACAGAUGUCAGCCUUUUCAUGGUCCAGCUUGAGUCGUUGCAGUUCAAGAAGUUUCCCGUACCGAUCAUCGGACGUUUCUAUCAUCCAUUUGAAAGCAUCUAUGCUGCAGGUAUCUAGAACUGUAUUCCGGUUGCUGAGAUGCAGGAACGGGCUUGUUCGCUGAAGGUCCUUCUGUUUGGAUAACUUAACGUGGACCAUCUACAUAGUUUGCAGUGGUCAAUUGGGAAGUGGACUUGUUGGACUUGGCCACUUAGUUUGCCAGCUCGGAACACAGCUAGCCAGCAGAACGAUGAAGAUACAUUGACUUUUCUUCGAUUAAGUGGUACUUAACUGGUGGCUCAUUU